AUGAAAUCUUUUGUCGCCCUUUUCGCCAUCGUGGCCGUUGUUGCCGCAGACGUUUCCCACCUGAAAGGAACUGAAGCUGAUGCCGUAAUUGUGAAACAAAAUGCCGAUGUUUUGCCAGACCAGUAUUCCUACGAAUACGAAACCAGCAACGGUAUAGCUGCACAAGAAAGGGGUGCACUCAAGAACGUCGGUCGUGAGGACGAAGCCAUUGAAGUUCAGGGAUCCAACAGCUAUCGUGCUCCUGGCGGCGAACAAAUCUCUAUCAACUACAUCGCUGAUGAGAACGGAUACCAACCCCAGGGUGCACAUCUUCCCACCCCCCCAGCCCCCCAGCCCAUUCCUGACUACAUCCUUAGGGCUAUUGAAUACAUUAGAACUCACCCCCCUAAGCAAGAGAAACCCUAA